UGGCCGCCAAACAGAAGGAGAAGAAGAACCUGUAGCCAAGUAGCCGUUGACCGACGUCCUUAUUAACACUUUCAUGAAAGUGGAUAGCCCAGCUAACAUCGGCGAGCUAACGUCGCCUUCACCCCACACGACAUGCCCAGCAUUAACAGCUGAAGUCUCGCACGGCCAGAUUUUCGCCCAGUGAAACUAGAGUUUGUUGCGAUGUCGGAGCCUAAGCCCCCUACUCCAACUCCUCCUGGAGACAUGUACAAGGGUUGGCUCUUCAAAUGGACUAACUACAUUAAAGGUUACCAGAGACGCUGGUUUGUUCUCAGCAAUGGACUGUUGUCUUACUACAGGACCCAGGCAGAGAUGGGUCACACGUGCCGAGGCACCAUCAACUUGGCCACUGCCAAUAUUGCUGUGGAGGACUCGUGCAAUUUUGUCAUUUCCAAUGGGGGCGCGCAGACCUACCACCUGAAAGCCAGCACAGAAGUAGAGCGGCAGCGAUGGAUCACUGCCCUGGAGCUCGCCAAGGCAAAGGCCGUCCACAUGCAGGCCGAAUCUGACGAAUCCGGUGACGAUUGUCCCGCAGCGCCCCCCUCCUCGGGACAGAGUGGAGGCUGCCGUAACUUAGAAAUCCAGUCCACACUUCGCACACUUGGCAGUAAGGUGGAGGAUCUCAACACCUGCAAUGAUCUCAUUAUCAAGCACGGGUCUGCCCUCCAAAGGUCUUUGUCAGAACUGGAGGGGAUUCGUGUCGUAGGAGACGUGGGAGAAAAGAUGAGACAAGUUACAGAAAGGGCCACACUGUUCAGAAUCACCUCUAAUGCCAUGAUUAAUGCAUGUAGGGACUUCCUCUCACUGGCCCAAAAUCACAGUAAGCGCUGGCAGAAGGCCUUGCAGGUGGAAAGAGACCAGAGGAUACGGCUGGAGGAGACUCUGGAGCAGCUGGCCAAACAGCACAAUCACUUGGAACGAGCUUUCAGAGGAGCUACAGUUCUCCCCUCUUCAUUCAGCAACCCCGCCUUAGCUAACAAAGGCGGUGCUCCAGUAAAAGGGGACGCCAGCGACGAGGACGAUGACAAUGAGUUCUUUGACGCUAUGGAAGACCCGGCAGGGUUCAUCACGGUCCCCGCUGACCCCAAGUAUCACAGUGUUGCUUGUCUGUCCAUCAGGAGGUCUGGCAGCAACGUCAGUGGGCUCAGCAGUGAGAUCGGAAUGGACGACCAGUCAGUAAAUUUUGACGAACAGUCCAUGGUAUCCAACCCAGAGUCCCCACAGCCCCUCGAGCUCGAGCCUGUUAGACAAAGACGGACUCGUAUCCCCGACAAGCCCAACUAUUACCUCAAUCUGUGGAGCAUCAUGAAGAAUUGUAUUGGAAAGGAGCUCUCAAAGAUCCCAAUGCCUGUGAAUUUCAACGAGCCCCUCUCAAUGCUGCAGCGUCUGUCUGAAGACCUGGAGUAUUACGAGCUGCUGGAUAAGGCUGCUAAAUGCCAGAGCUCUCUAGAGCAGAUGUGUUAUGUGGCCGCUUUCACGGUCUCUUCCUACUCCACCACGGUCCACCGCACGGGGAAACCCUUCAAUCCUCUGCUGGGAGAAACCUUUGAGCUUGAUCGGCUAAAAGACUGUGGCUACCGCUCUCUCUGUGAGCAGGUGAGUCACCACCCACCUGCUGCAGCUCACCACGCCAGCUCUGAAAAGGGCUGGAGCCUCAGACAAGAAAUUACCCUGGCCAGCAAGUUUAGAGGGAAAUAUCUCUCAAUCAUGCCUCUGGGUUCUAUCCAGUGUUUAUUUGACAAGAGCGACAACCACUACUCUUGGAAGAAAGUGACUACAACCGUACACAACAUCAUUGUUGGAAAGUUGUGGAUUGACCAGUCAGGGGAGAUAGAUGUUGUGAACCACAAGACAGGAGAUCGCUGCCACCUCAAGUUUGCUCCCUACAGUUACUUCUCCAGAGAUGUGCCAAGAAAGGUAACCGGAGUAGUAAUGGAUAAGGAAGGGAAGGCCCACUACGUGCUCUCAGGAACCUGGGAUGAGAAGAUGGAGUUCUCCAGGAUAAUGCAGAGCAGUAAAGGCGAGAACGGCACCGAAGGCAAACAGAGGACCGUCUAUCAGACCCUCAAAGCCAAAGAGAUCUGGAGGAAGAACCCCUUACCAGAGGGGGCAGAAAACAUGUACUUCUUCUCCUCACUGGCCUUGACGCUCAAUGAGCCUGAGGAGGGAGUGGCGCCGACGGACUGUCGGCGGCGCCCCGACCAACGGCUAAUGGAGGACGGCCGGUGGGAUGAGGCGAACGCCGAGAAGCAGCGGCUAGAAGAGAAGCAGCGCACCGUGCGCCGAGAACGGGAGAGGGAGGCUGUUAAAGCAGCCAGCUCACCGGAGGAAGCUGUCACUGAGGAUUCAAUCAAUGAUUCACCCUCAAAAACCGAUGCAGUGGAGACUGGCACAGAAGCAAAUGAGGUUUUUGACGAAAGCACCCAUCCAGACAGCUACCAAGCCAUGUGGUUCGAGAAGUUGGACGACCCCGUGUCCGGAGAGACCUUGCACGUCUACAAGGGCGGCUACUGGGAGGCUAAGGAGCAAGGCAGCUGGGACAUGUGCCCUGAAAUCUUCUGAUCAGCUGAGUCUCCCUCCGCGGUGUACAAACCUUGCAUCCGCUGAAACGGGGGAUUCGAGAACCGAGCCUGACGUCGAGCUGUCUUGGAUCGCCCAACUUUCCCCCCCCCCCCCCCCCCCCCCCCCCCCUCCCCUCCCCCAGCAGUGAUUUGCUCAGGGUUAAGGGCAUCUGGACUUCCCUCUCAACGCAGACACGAUGACACAUUGUAGCAUUAGCGUUCUGAGUUCCCUCUCACUGCCUCUCAAACACUGAUGUUUAUCCUUGUUCCACUGCUUUUUUCUUUCUUUCUUUUUCUCAGCCCUUUAUUCUUUGGUACAGCCUUUGAAGUUAUUCUGUCAUUAUGCAUUUUCUUUAAAAGCACUACUAUCGAAAGCGUAAUUCAUCCAGAUGACUUCUUACAAUAUACGCAGUUUGUUUGGAUAGAGUAACUACAGGAUGUGUCGUUUGUGUUUGUUGUGCACUCCUGAAUAUGGAUCCUUUUGCAGUGAAUGAGUUUGAUCCUGGCCUAAUAUUUCAAAAAAACAAACCGGUUCAGACAGCAUCAAAUUAAUAAAUGCAUAGGUUCAGUGUGUCUGACACGAGAUAAAUGUUGUUUCUUAAAAUAAUUAGCAAUGUACUAUUAUUGUCUGAAUGGUUUAGAUUGAUGUGUCACAAACACUACAACAUUUGCCUUUGAAUUAAUGGUAUUUUGUGGCUUUACUUAAUUACCUGAAGUGAAAGACUGGAGGUAUAUUAUAUCUCACACACACACACACACAUUAGCCUUUUACAAGUUCUACUAUUAACUAAUCUAUUGAAAAAUUUGAUUGUGAUUUUAUCUUUUGGCGUCCUCCCAAAUCCGCUGUAAAAUACAUGGUAGCUGUAAAAAGAUGUGAAAGUAGCUCCUUUAUGAUUAUUCCUCUCUUAAUAAGGCUCCGUUAAAUCUGGUUUUGUCAUUUAAAAAGAAAGUAUGUAUAUAUAGAUAUAUACAUAUAUAAAAUUACUUAUAUACGCAAGGGUUUUUAACCAUUUCACUCUAUAAGAUCAUUGUUUUUAUUCAAAAAGGAUAAUUACCGUUUUCUAUGUAGCACAUUAAAUUGAAAAAAAAUGUAUGUUCUUUAUUUUAUAUGAUAGAUUUGAACACUAAUUAAAAUAGUGGUAAAAAUGUAUAAGUACCAAUGAAAAUAUGAAGUAAAAAAUUACCAAUGGCACUAUUUAUUUCUUGUAUUUUGUCUUCCAUCAAUUCCUUUUAAAGAGUCACUAUAUCCUCUUUUUGAGUUGGUAAAUUACUUAAAUCUUCAUUCCAACAAAAAUGAUUUCCAUUUUUUUUACAGAUAAAAAUCCCCAUAAUUACGUCCUGUAAACCUCAAGGGCCAGUGGAAAAGGCUGAUCGAUGAGCAGACACAAAGGCCAGGUCGCGUUGACCUGUUGGAUAGACGGCGGAUGAAAUGUUAAAAAAGGGAUUUUAAAUCAAUGCUGAACAGCUCAUCGAGACUAUGGGCGUCGUACAAUUCAAUUAAAAUGUUUGUGAGAUUUACUAAUCGUGUUUAAGCUAAAAGUCUAUUUUGAUUCUCCAGAGUUUGUGCACUCGCUAAUACUUCAAUCAUCAAAAUUCCGCUCUCAAAGUCAACGCUUUACUAGCUCGGCUGUGUGAUUUUUACUUUCCUGAUGAUUAGUGGAGUAAAGGGAAAUGUGAGGCAAGUUUGUAUUGGUUUUUCUGGUGUCCCUCAAAGAUUUAAAUGAUAGCUUUAAACGUGGUGUUUUGCAAGUGUGGUUUUUUUUAACAGACAGCAAUAAGAGUGCCUCUAAAUGAAAUGUGUGAAGAGAGAUUGCUAAAAUGGCAAAAACAGAAAUCUAUCAUUGUAUUAGUCAGUGUUGUCGUUUGUCAUGAAUGGAAGGACUGUGUGGUUCUUGCUGAAUCUAAAUUUCAUUUUAUAUUGUGUACUUAUAUAGUGUACUUAAAAACACUGAAAAUGAGGAUCUUAAAACAUGUAUUUCUGUAUAAAUAUAUGUAAUUUAAUUGUGAUAUUAACUGGUUGUAUUAAUAGAGAACACUUUGGCUUUAGGUUUCGUUGCUUUGUUCAUUCCAAGAGUCACCCUCUCCAUGUCUUUAUUUGUAUUAUUCAUUUGUUUGGUUCUGAAUCUUCCCCUCAUUUGCAUUACUGUUUCUUCACACAAGGUUUAAGUACAUGUUUGAGGAAUGUACUGCUCGAUACAACUCUUGUGUCUCUUAAAUUGAAGCUUUUCGUCUUGUUUUGUCUCUUAAUUUCUAAAGUUUUCUGCCUCGUUAUUUCCAGCUUGGCAAAGUGGAGAUGGUCACGAAACAACAACUCACCAAAUUUGACUCAAGGUGUUCUUGCACAAACAUACUACAUUAUUCAUCGUGGAUGUUUGCUACCUGAGCUGUGUUAAGUAAUCGCAAACAUACAUACAUUGGUUAGAAUUGACAUAUCGACUCACUGUUGUACAAAGUACUUUUUGUAUGCUUUAAUGCAGUUUCUUUUAGCAAGAUGGUGUUAGGGGUUAGUAACAUUCAAGUAUAAAAUGAAAUGAAUUGCAUAUUGGUGUUUUUUGAUUUUCCAAAAUAAUACUCCACAAAGAUGCGAGUUUUGAACAGCUUUUGUGAAUAAAAAUAAAAUGAUUGUCUUAUAUUGUA